AAUUGAAAAUGUAUUGAUACUGUAUCACGAAGUCAACACAAUGAAUCAUAAUAAGAGCAUCCCAAAUGCAGCGCGGAAGUAGAAAGAGAAGAAAACCAAAUAAUAAUAAAAAUAUUUCGUAUUAAUUUAAAAAGUGUUUUUUUCUACAGUUUAUUCUUAGUAUUACUCGUUAUUUUGUUGCCGAACACAACAAACCAGCAUUCCUAAAUUGUUUAAUUAUAGUGCAAUUGUGUGCAUACGUGAGAAGUUUUAAUAAUAGUGAUAAUAAAGAGGAAGAAAGACAGAAACUUUCACUCGAAAAAAAAUUUGAUAAAAAAAAUGUUCACAUAAGUUUAUAUCACACAGAUUGUUUGUUAAUACAUAUUUUAAUAGCCUGUGAAUAUAAGAAACGAAACGGAUAUAGUGAAAUAGUGAGAAUGUCUUCCAAUCCACAAGAAAGCGCACAAGAAGGAAGUAGUACAAAUAAUUUGACAUCAGUUAUUUCUUCAUCCAGUAGUCUUGUUAAUAAUAAUGCUAGCAAUAGUCAGGAGAACAAUGAAAAUGAAAUGAACUCGUCGAUUGGAAGUAAUCGCUCCUUAAAUAACAUAUUCCCAUUCCGGAUAAAUAGAAAUAUAAUAUUAAAUAACGUUUUUCAAGAAAUUAGACCACUCGUGAAUACAACCACUUCAAAUGCACCAUUUGCGUCGUGGAUGAGAUCAAGUCUACAGAGUGUAAAUACAACUGCUAAUAAUGAGGAACAACAUUCCACAACAGACAAUAACAAUCGACAGGACGUAGCUACAAAUGACACAUCUAGUGUAAUAAUUAACAUUGGAUCCCCUUCAACAUCAUACAAUCGGCAAAAUUCAGCACCAGCACGAACGAGUACAGAAAGUAACGACUUGGAAUCGUCGAGUGUUAAUCAGUCGAGAACAUCGCUGCAACUAGGCACUGACCCAACAAAUAUUAAUAGUAGCAAUAAUAAUAAUAAUAAUAAUGGAACUGGCGAUGAGGCAAAUGCAGUUGAUGGAAAUUCUGAUAACUUAGCACAAAUACCAGAAGCGAGGGCAUUAAUCAACACCGUUAGUCGAUAUUUUCCUUAUGUCUGCAUUUUAUUUGCUAAAACAUGUUAUGAUCAUUUGGAUGGACUUUUGGAUAUUUUUGCACUCUUCAUUGUUUUUGCACACUCAAAUUUUACCCUAAAGCAGGAAAUAACAAAACAAGCGCAACGACGCUUCCUCUAUUUAAUUCGAGAACUUCUCUAUAUUAUUCUUGUCGUUACAAUUAUCGCAUUCUUGUUGGAAAAGAAGGAAAAUAGUAUUAGUCUGUUCUUCGCACCUCUCAAUAUACCACCAGAAGAGAAGCAAUUGGCAUUAAAAGAUUUACUAUUUAGCGUUAUAAUAACCGAUCUCAUUCUCAAACUAUUUACUGUUGCUGUCAAGAUUCUCUUCACUAUGCUGCCUCGACGUUGCGUUGAAUUUAAAAAUAGAGGUCGUGUAUAUUUGCUUAUUGAAGCUUUUUCUCAACUCUAUCGAGCUUUGGUACCCAUUCAGUUAUGGUUGACCUUCCUAUUAGAAAGCUAUAAAGGCACAGAAAAAAUAAUGGGAGUUAUUUUGUCAGCAGCAUAUAUUGUAGCCAAAGGAUCUGACUUGUUACAACGUAUCAAGUUUUUGAAGCGAUCGUUCAUAAAAUUCCUCCAGAAAACGUCGUUUGGAACAACACCGACAAAGGAACAAAUUCAAGCUGCAGGUGGAACUUGUCCAAUUUGCCAUGACUCUUAUGUUGAUCCGGUUAUUCUGAAUGAAUGUAAUCACAUUUUCUGCGAGUUGUGUCUUUUGGGCUGGUUAGAUCGUUCGAACUCAACGUGUCCAUUAUGUAGAGCGAAAAUAGAUCAAGAUAAUCCUGGUUAUCGUGAUGGAUCGACGACAUUUUUCAUACAGUUUUAUUGAAAAGAAAAUAAGAAAAACAGCUAGAAUUAAUUUAUUAUUAUCAAAGAAAUUUUAUGUGAAAAGCUUAUUUUUUCUGCUUUUUGUAUUCAUUACAAAUAAAUUUAUUUAAACAUAA